AUGUCUAGAACCACACCCGAAGGUGCCAGGGACAGUUUCACCCUCAAGACGCUGACCGCGUACCACCUGCUAUCGCAGCGGGAGCAAAUGUGCGACCUGUUCUACCUGGUGUCGCCAGAGACCUCGACGCCCACGACCACCACGGCAGACGCUCGCACGAGUGCCACCCUGACGCCCCCAAGCGAGCUCGUUUCCAGAUUGAGGCAGCAACUGAGCGACAUACAGGCGUGA